GAGAGGCGUUCCCAUUUGACCGCGCACGCCACGCCCACCUCACCUACUAGUUCCUCCGCUGUUUGGCAUCCCAGAGAUGGUCCAAAGUGAUUCCUCAAGGGGGAAGGAGGUUGUUUGGAAGCCCCGUAAUGUAAUUGCGCGAUUCAUUCAUAAGAGUUUUUAGAAGUGGCGCAAAGGAGCGGCGUGUGUUAUCCUCGCUGUGGACUGUUUGUUGCAUUUUUGUCACCUUGAUCCAGAGGACUUCGCACAUCCUCUCAUCUUGCUCUCAUCAGCUUCAUCUUCCGCCCUUUGCCGCUUUUCUGUCUUGUUCUUCUGUUGGAGCUGCUGACAUGAAGCGCAGCUAACCCUGGAUGCCGUCGGCUCCUUCCACAUGUCGCGUCUUUUUUGUUUACUUUGAGCAACACACAACACACAGGCGCGCUGCACAGCAACUUAAAGUGAAAUAGACCACAGCACUUUGCUCCUGUGACAGCGCGAUCAAACAGAGGAAGAGGAGGAAGAGGAAGGAGGCAGGGAACGAGCAAAGGAAAGGAGGAGAGAGAGUGAGAGACUGUGCGAAGGUGCGUUUUGAUGUUUGGCAUCCACGACAGCAUCCAGAGGAGUGGGAGUAGUAUGAAAGAAGAGCCCAUGGUGGCCGGGAUGAACGCGGUUCGGACAUGGAUGCAGGGCGCCGGAGUGCUGGACGCCAACACAGCCGCCCAGAGCGGCGUGGGUCUCGCGCGGGCACACUUCGAGAAGCAGCCGCCCUCCAACCUGCGCAAGUCCAACUUCUUCCACUUUGUCCUGGCGCUGUAUGACAGACAGGGGCAGCCCGUGGAGAUAGAGAGGACGACUUUUGUGGACUUUGUCGAAAAAGAAAAGGAAACGACGGGGGAAAAGACCAACAAUGGGAUCCAUUAUAGACUGCAGCUCCUCUACAGUAACGGGAUCAGGACGGAGCAGGACUUGUAUGUGCGUCUCAUUGACUCCAUGACUAAACAGGCAAUUGUGUAUGAGGGCCAAGAUAAAAACCCGGAGAUGUGCCGCGUCCUGCUGACCCAUGAGAUCAUGUGCAGUCGAUGCUGUGAUAAGAAAAGCUGUGGAAACAGGAACGAGACCCCGUCAGACCCUGUCAUCAUCGACAGGUUCUUCCUCAAGUUCUUUCUCAAGUGUAACCAGAACUGCCUGAAGAACGCAGGGAACCCUCGAGACAUGAGGCGUUUUCAGGUGGUUGUGUCGACUACGGUAAGCGUGGAGGGUCACGUCCUGGCCGUGUCCGACAACAUGUUUGUGCACAACAAUUCCAAACACGGGCGCAGGGCUCGGAGACUGGACCCCUCUGAAGGCACACCCUCGUACCUUGAACACGCAACCCCCAGCAUUAAAGCCAUCAGCCCCAGUGAAGGCUGGACCACCGGGGGCGCAACGGUCAUCAUCAUUGGGGACAACUUCUUCGACGGCCUGCAAGUCAUCUUCGGAACCAUGCUGGUCUGGAGUGAGUUGAUCACUCCCCACGCCAUACGAGUGCAGACUCCGCCCAGACACAUCCCGGGGGUAGUGGAGGUCACGCUGUCCUACAAAUCCAAACAGUUCUGCAAAGGCACACCUGGGCGAUUCAUCUACACAGCGCUGAAUGAGCCUACCAUAGACUACGGCUUCCAGAGGUUACAGAAGGUCAUCCCCAGACACCCGGGAGACCAGGAGAGAUUACCCAAGGAGGUGAUUUUGAAGCGGGCGGCCGACCUGGUAGAAGCCUUGUACGGGAUGCCUCACAACAACCAGGAGAUGAUUUUGAAACGAGCAGCAGACAUUGCGGAGGCCCUGUAUACAACGGUCCCGCGGGGGCACAACCAGCUCACGGGUCUGGGCAGUGGUUCGGUGCAUGCGGGCAUGAUGGUCAACUCCUUCACCGGGUCAGAAGUGGCACAAACCGCUAACCAAGGUUUCAGUAGGAGUACAAGCAGUGUGUCCCCCCACGGUUAUGUCCCCAGCACCACUCCACAGCAGAGUAGCUACAGCUCUGUCUCCACUAGCAUGAAUGGCUACGCUAACUCUGGCAUGGCAACACUGGGCACCUCGCCCAACUUCCUCAAUGGAUCAGCAGGCAACUCGCCCUAUGCUAUUGUCCCGUCUAGUCCUACCAUGGCGUCGUCCACCAGUCUGCCUUCGAACUGCAGCAGCUCCUCCGGGAUCUUCUCCUUCUCCCCGGCAAACAUGGUGUCCGCCGCGGUCAAGCAGAAGAGCGCGUUCGCCCCUGUCGUCAGACCCCAAAACUCCCCUCCACCCACGUGCACCAGCGCCAACGGCAAUGGCCUGCAAGAUCAGUCUUUUGUGGACUCUAGCAAGUACUCCUCAGCCAGCUCUCUGCAGGGCCUGGCCUUCUCCUGAACGAUUCCGGGGAUGAUCGUCCCGCCCAUGUAGAGGAUCCGGGAUUUGGGAAUGCUGAAAGGAAAAACUGACAUGGUGACGGAGCCUGGCCAGUCAAAUGUUCGCACUCGGAGAAAGCGUCAAAAAAAACUCCUCAAACUCAGGCUUUUCCAUUUGGGAUUUUGCGAAAUGGGAAAGACACACAGCGGGACUAUAGUGACUUUAUGAUCUUACUUUGAUUUAGUGUAGCUUGUCCGACACCGUGUGAUGGGGUGUGUAGAGACUGAUAGUUUGUCCAAGGAGUGACACCGACCUCAUGAAAAAGAGCAUUUAUUUAUCUGUUAUUGUUUAAAAUGUAAGCUUUGGGUUUGAUUACCAGAGGCCCCACACCGUCUCGCCAUCCACGACUCACACAAACAACAAGAGGAGUUUGAAAAUGAAGUUUACGUAACAUCUCACAAUAGAAGUCUGAGCUGAAACCACAGAACAAAACGCGAGUGGAAUCAAGGUCAACAAAAACACAAAGGAUCAAAUCAACGUUCAACUCUACGCUGCUAUUUCUCCCUCAAGUCCAACCCACGAUUUCAACAUCAGGCCUUGGUUAUGUUGUUACUGGUGGUUUGGCUUUGUUUGUUCGUUUGACUUUUAAUAAAAAACUGUGAGGAUUGAGCUGUUUGCAAUAUGCUUUUUUGCUUGUCAUUUCAAAUUAGCCAAAUUUAUCUCUUUAUCUUUUUCUUUUUUUUUUUAAAGGUGCACUAUGUAAAUUUUUGGUUUGCGGUCCAUCACCUGCUUGGAUAUGCUAUGGAUAUGUCAUUGCUGGAAUGUUCCACAGUAUGACAUUUAACAGCUCUACCUUACAUUUAUUAAAUUACAGAUGGUUUUAUAGCAAAAAAUAUCUAGAAAAAUAGGCAUCAUGAGAGAAAUCUGACCUGUAACUUGGUUUGGUUUGGUCUUCAUGAUACUCGAACAGUUUAAUACUAUACUAUCUAGACAAAGCAAUAACAUCUCCAUGGAGAAAAGUGUUUGACAGGCCCUCCACCAGAAAAGUUACACAGUGCAGCUUUAACUUUUUGUUCAGUUUUUAAGAGAUUUUAGAAAAAAGACUUGAAAAGCCCAGAGGAUGUGUGCGUCCAGCCAGCACUGUACUGAAAGCAGUCUAGCGAAUAUCAAAUUAGAAUAAAAGUGUGAUAUAUGUGAUAUAUUUUUGUAUAUACAAAUCUUUUGGGUUUUCUUUCUUUUUUGCAAUAGCUCUAGUUUGAAAUGUAAAAUGUCUUAAGGCAGCUUCUCAGUACAGAUGAUAGAUUUACUGUGUGUUGUCAAAUCUCAUAUCUGCGAAACAUGAGAAACAUUUGGAUACAAAAGGGUUUUUUCUGUAAAAUAUCCUAUAAAUACUGUAUUUAUCCUUGUAUUUGUAAAUUGCCUCUCACGCCUGUUUUGUGUUGUGUGAAGUGGACACAUGUCAUUGUGUUUUGCGUUUCAUUCUAUUUAAAUGUGACUUUUUUACCAUUUUGUUUUUGUAUGUACCACGCUUCCAUUUUGUUGACUCAAAAAUCCAUUGUCUAUUUUUGUAUGAUUUGUAAGUUAAUAAACCCUUUCAGUUUUAUGUUCUUUUACCAAAUGUUUAUUGUAUGGCAAAAAGUAGCAUCUUACUCAGAGUAUUUGGUUGAAGUAGUUUUUUUUAAUGAAUAUAUACACACAUUAAUAUAUAUUGUAAAUUUAUAUCUUUUGGUUUGAGGCUUUGAUAAUGAUAAUAUGCAUGGGUUCUUCUCCUGAGUGACACUUUUUAUUUUGUGUGCAAACCAAGAGGACUUAUGAAAAUGCAAUGUUACUUUUUCCCUUAUUUUUCGUUGCUUCCCAUCCGUCCUGUACUUUCUUUUCUUGUUAUUUAUGCCUGCUAACAUGCUGUAUCUAUAAAUUUCUUUUUCAUUUCUGUCACUGUAAUCUGUACCAGCAGUCUAGAUGCCUUAACAAUGCAAAACCCAUUCUUUCAUUCAAUCAUGUGUACAGUUUUCUACCCGUCACCACAAUUGUCUAUUGCCACAAAAGGAAUUCAUGGGAAACUUUGAGGGGGACAGACAAGCACAAAAACGUACUCUCAACUUUGUUUGGUGGUUUCGAAAAAGCCAGACUAAGAAUACAAAGAGCCAUAAUUCAACUAUCAGCCCUUCGUAAGACUCUUUGACUUUGAAGGACGAGUCUACACAGUGUCUCGCAGUUUUGUAGCCAUUAUGUAGCUUUUUUUUUUUUGCCUUUUUUUUGGCCUUUUUUUAUUGUUCACAAUCAACAUAGCAACAGAUAAAUGUAAUAUAGGGCAGCACAAUUCAAGAAAAGUUAAAACGAAAGACACCAAUCCUAUUUAGCAGAAGUGGGUAGAGAAAAUUGUACUUAAGUAUUGUUACUUCAGUGAAAAAUUACAGUUAAACGAAAAGGGGGAAAAAAGAAUUCUAACAAGAUGCAGAUCAUUUUUGAAUGUUGCACAAUACUUAUGCACAUACGUUUAUUUAUGUAUUUUUUACCCAAAACAGUGAACUAUUUUUGAAGAUUUUUUUUUUAAAUGUGGCACCAGAGUUUUAAUUUUUAGCUAAAACAUUUUUUGUGUGUGACCUACUCACUAAAAAACCACAUUGCUCAAAUAGAUGUAAAAAAAAUAUAUGGUUUAGCAAUGUACAGUUAGCAGGAGGUCUAUUUCUCUCAGUUAAAGGUAACUCAUACUCACUUCUGCUAUUUAGUGUAACGAUACAGUUUCAUUACAACCUUUGUGAACAAGUGUGCAGGCAUGAAAGUUAGCUGAUCGCGCUGUCAGCCACUCCUCUACAGCUUUUGUGUGUCUUGAAUCUGUUACCAUACACAGAAUAGGGCUUUUCUCUUGCUUUUCUUUUUACUGAAGCCUGGUUUUGUUAAGUGGCCAGAAUGGAGGGUUUUAACAGAGGCGCCCGCUGACAGACAAGUGUUUUUGGGGCACUGGUGCUGGUGCGGGACAGGGCAUAGAGGAGAGGUGAGGGAGGGGCUGCACAGUAUCCGUUUCAAAUGAACUGCAGAGGUCUGUUGUCAUACAAUGGCUUCUUUGUAAAGGCGAAGUAAAGGUCCAUCCUGAUUAUGAAUAUUGGAAAUGGGUGAUGAAGUUUUGUACUUAGGUAACAAACAAAAAAGAUGCAAACCAAAUAGCUGGUGUCUAUUUUUCCUCUGUUUUGUCUUUGACUGCAAAUACACUGAACAGCUCGAUGAUAUAAGGGAAGAAAAAAUCUACUGUAUAGAUUGUUAUUGUUUUUGAUGAAAUUUGAGCUGUAAGAUAACUUUUGGACUCUCACAAUGUUGAAUUAAAGUUACCUCUUGUCUGUGAC